GAAGGGCUUGUGCAGUUACGGGGAAAAGGAAGCGAAAAUUCAGACACCUGAGGAGAGGAGCAGCUACAGAGGCAUCUGGUCCUGCCUUCAACUUCAUUCAGAUAGCUGGGAGAAAACCGCAAUGACAACGUUUGAGGAACAGACGAAACAUGUUGUGAACGCCUUAUACUAUGACCUCUUACAUGACGAUGAAAUUGAUAAUCGAUGUCUGCAGACAGAUUCAGGAGGGCCUGUGCCAUUUGCAGGAGAACUUCCAAGUGAUUUUGACCCAGUUAUUAUUGCCAGUCGUCUGCGACAGAUCGGGGACCAGUGCAACAUGGAUUUUGAAAGGGUUUCCUCACAGGCUCUUGCUGAAGUACUCACAGGGAAGAUGGAGAAGUUCGGGGCUGCUGUGGAUUCUCUCAGCAGAAGCUGGAGUGACCAGAACCCUGAGAUGGUCUAUGAGAGAGCUUUUCUCUCUGUUUCUGUGAAACUGAUGAUGCAUAUUCUUAAGAAAGUCCCCUCUAUGUUUCAUCCCAGUCAACUCAUAACAGUGAUUAAUGGAAAUGCUCAAGUGAAAAACUACAUUGAGGCCCAUGGAGGAUGGGAGAACUUGGAUGACUGAGAGGAAGUGUUUUACUACUUUCCAAAAAGUUUGGAUUUCAUUGAUUUAAGUGGGACAAUUGCUUUGAUAUUUAUUUAGAUUGCCAGAAGAAUCAUACAAAUAAGAACUGUGUAAAAGAUAUUCUAUAUCACUACAACUAAAAAUCAAUAAAUGUUAUUAUUUGUUUUU